GCGCCGGAGAGCAGGGAGGGGAGCGGACUGGAUUUCCCCCCGUGCGGCUCGGCCAGCCCCAGCGCCGCAGCAUGAGGCGGCUCCGGAGACUGGUGCAUCUGGUGCUCUUCUGCCCGCUCUCCAAGGGCUUGCAGAGUCGUCUCCCUGGCAUCAAAGUGAAAUAUCUUUUCCUUGCCUGGCUGGGCGUCUUCGUGGGCAGCUGGGUGGUGUACAUGCAUUACUCGUCCUAUUCCGAGCUGUGCAGAGGUCACGUCUGCCAGAUGAUAAUCUGCGAUCAGUACAAGAAGGGGAUCAUUUCUGGCUCAACGUGCAAAGACCUGUGUGAGGAGCACACCCUGGUGUUCCAGCAGUGUCUUUCCUCCUCCCCCACUCAGCAGGUUUACAGGGGGCGCUGGAUGGAGAAAGAAGUGAUCAUUAAAUGUGGUAUUGAAGAUGCUUUAAAGGCAGACAGCAACCCCGAUUCAGUGCCCAGAAAGGACCUGGUUCUCUUUGACAAGCCUACAAGAGGGACAUCCAUGGAUGAAUUCAGAGAGAUGCUCCUGAACUUCCUAAAAGCUAACCUAGGAGAUCAGACAUCACUUGCAGCCUUGGUGAACCAAAUCAUCACCAUCGCAGAUGUGAACAGAGAUGGGAAAGUAUCUCUGGCAGAGGCCAAAUCCAUCUGGGCUCUACUUCAUCUAAAUGAAUUCCUGCUCAUGCUCUCCUUGCAUGAGAAAGAGCACACCUCCAAAUUGUUGGGGCACUGUGGGGACCUGUAUGUCACGGAGAAGAUCCCUCACAACUCCCUCUAUGGUACUAAUGUCCCUCACUUCUUCCAGCCACUGCUGCCUUCAGCCAUCCACCGGAUUAUUCACCAGUGGUUUGCCCCAGCCUGGCCCAGGAGAGCAAAAAUCGCCAUCGGCCUUUUGGAGUUUGUGGAGGAGAUAUUCCAUGGGACGUACGGGAACUUCUACAUCUGUGAAACUAGCUUUAAGAAUGUGGGCUACAACGACAAGUAUGACUUCAAAAUGGUCAACCUGAGGAAGGUGGCAACAGAGAUGACAAUCAGAGGUUUCCUCAAGGGACGUCACUGUGAGCAGAAUGUGGACUGCACCUAUGGGAAGGACUGCAUGGCAACUUGCGACAAACUCAUGAAGCAGUGCAAGGGCGACAUGGUCCAGCCCAACCUGGCGAAAGUCUGUGGGCUACUGCAGGAUUACUUGCUGUACGGAGCACCAUCUGACUUGAAAGAAGAGCUGCAGAAGCAGCUACGAACUUGUAUGACCCUUAGCGGCCUGGCUAGCCAGAUGGAAGUGCACCACUCACUUGUGUUGAACAAUCUCAAGACCUUGCUUUGGAAGAAGAUUUCAAAUACCAAAUAUUCCUAACGGGGCAGCCGGGAUGGUAGGCUAUAGUGUUGGUAUCCAGUUAAGGAUAGAGGGUCAUGCCUCUUCAUUCUGCCAGAGAAAAUGCAUCAGAAGCAGGUAGUUCACAUGGUUGCAGCCUUUUCCUGUAUGAUGCCCUCCGCCCCCCAUAAAGCAUCAAUGACCCAUUGCCACUCAGCAAAAUCAUCAAUAGCGUGCUGUAAAGAACAUGAUGCAAAGUAGAAAUACCAAGAGCCUGGCUGAAUAGGUUUGGGGGAAGAUAGAGGAACCAGCCAAGCUGCACCUCUUUCCUGCUAAUCAAGGAACAAUCACAAGUGCAGAGUAUGAAUCGUCAUGCUGUAAUUGUCAUAUCUUAUUUUGAUGAACACCUCUGAUGUAAAUAAAUAGCUUUUGUGAGAGUAGCACUGGUACACCAAUGGCAAACAGCCUUUUAAAUACCAGCAUCCUGGUGAUUCUUAAAAGGGUAGAGUAUCCCACCCUGGAGUCUGCACAAUUUAUUUUAAUGUCUGAAUUUGAUACUGUAAAAUUCAGACAGUGUAGGGAGCCAAUAGACAAGCUCAGCCCCACACACUUUGAUUCUGGUUGUUACACACCUUCCUGAACUGCCUGACCACAUAGUAGGUAGGUCCUGGCAAAUUCUAGGUUUCGUGUAAACAGCUGCUACGCUUGCGAGAAGGAGCAUUACCUGGUGGACCGCACCAUUACCCAUUUGCAUUGUUUAAUGUGUUACAAUGAUUACAGUUAAAGGAAAACACUGAUGGCUAUAACAUAAGGAUAAAACAGACCUAUACAAAUACAGAAAGUCCCCAGGCAGACACAAACCAAAUUAGCAGUGGCAUAUAUGCUACAUGGUAAUACUGUGUUCCCCACAUCAAGAGAAAAACAGUGCUUAGACACCAGUUCAGGUCCAAAUCCACCUCUUGGUUUAAUCGGCACUUUUAAAAUUGACAGGAUUUGACUGGAAAGUUAAAACUAAUCCCCCAUUAAUCCAUUGCUCUUCCCCUGCCCCCAAAUAAAAAUAAAAGGAAUUUCAGACAAUUUUUCAGUUGGCAACAAAAACAAAUCUCAAUUGGUUGUCUGACCGCUACCUGCUAUUGAAAUACUGACCCUUUGUUUCCAUUUGUAUUUACUUAUAAUAAUCCUUUAGCAUUCAAGAUGCUCUGAA